GGGCUUUCCAAACUGACAGGUGCCCUGAAAUCGACAAUGAAAAAUUGAAACUGACAUGACAACACUACAACUAUUCAGAGUUCUUAAUGAUGGAAAUUUGAAACAUGCCCGCCAACUGCUUGAGGAUGGCGCUGACCCCAACCAUGUGCUGGAGGAAGGAGGCGUGGCUGGCGUGGCCUCCAUGCACAUGGCAGCAGGACUCAGUGCAGAAGCACUCAGGCUGUUGUUAGAAUAUGAUGGAGAUCCAAAUGUUAGAUCUAUCGAGGGUCUGACGCCGCUGCACAUUGCUGCUACAUGGGGUGAGCUGGACAGUGUUAAAAUACUUCUCUUUAAUGGAGGCGACCCAAGUCUCAAGGAUCAGGACGGGCUGCGAGCUGUAGAUGUCGGGCGGAGCUACAGUCAUAGUGAGGUGGUGUGCUUCCUGGAAUACUACUCUCUGCUGCUCAUCCCGGAAGGGGAAGAUGACACUGAGCUCAGAUACACAAGAGAGAGCCUUGAUGCUGGGAGGGACAGCCUGUCCCGGAACACAACACCUGAUGUCCUCAAUCUGUCCUUCCAGGAGGACUGUUCCCCGGACCAGUCACUGACCACAGCUGCCCGUCGGUCAAGUGUCAUUACAGCCCUACAGCAGAAACUUGACCGCUGUGUCCAGCAUGGGGAACACUUCUGCAUGGAUGUCACUUCCCCCACGCAUCCAUAUCUAGAAAGGAAGUCCGGAGCUACUAAUGGACAGGAAUUGUGCAGUGGGAAAUGUGAGAGGGACUCAAAGUGGACCCCUAGGAAACGGCAGACGUGUGUGCAUCAGGAGUCGAAACAGAGAACAAGUAGAGGACUGUUUGAGAGAUAUGGAGACAGAUGUUGGAACUGUAAUGAAGACAGGCAUGAAGAGUAUUGUGGGUAUCAUCGGAGAGGCAGACAUUGUGGACAUGAUAACCAUGUGUCUUUCACUGACAGUGAUCCUGAUUGCUGGGAGGGGGGUCGGGGGGAUGAGGUGAGGGACAGGUUGAGAGACUUCCAUAAAUCCUGUGUGAGGAUUAGAAAGCCUACUGCUAAUAGUGGGUGUUUUCAAGAUCACUGUAGCCAGUGUGAUCAGACAUUGUCAAGUAAUUGUCAUCAUUGCAGCAAAAGUACCCCAUAUUGUCACAAAAAUUCAAGACUGGGCAUUAAUUACUGUGACAUGGACAUGAAUGCAGAGAUUGUCUCAGCAGGUCAUAUGACCACGGCCAAUCCCAGAAUGGUUAUUAUGGCUAUGAAGGUUCAGCACAGAACACUGUCAAAAAAGAUGCCAAAGAAGAUACCCAGUGAUCCAGUUGUCCCAAAAUGGACACUACUGAAGGACAAGCAGGAGACAUCAGCUGAAAAAGUUGGAAGAUGGCAGACAUCACUGAGCAGUGGCCUGCACAAACCACCUCAUUGUGAAGUUGGAUAUAAAUCUUCUUCCACUGAUGAUGCACAUUUUAGUCCGUCCAGAUUUAUUCAUUCCCCAAAACUGUCAGAAGUGAAAAGCCCAAUGUCACAAAAUUCAUCACCUAAUAGGUUCUUUCCACCCUUGUCUGAUCAUCAAUACAACAGUUUCUCUCCAAGUGCAGUGUAUGAUGAGAGAUCGACACAAUCUGAUGACUAUGGAAACGGUAUGUCAUGGCAGGAGCAGUCUCCCAAAUCUAGUUUGGGUUUUACACCUCAAACCAAAUCUGGAACUGGUUCAAGAAUCUACAGUGGCAAUUCUAGAUCCAGUCCUCAUGCAGCUGCUCCCAGAACUCCAGAAUCCAGAUCCAUCUGCAAGUCAGCUCCAAGAAGAUCCAGCAUGUACACCCAGAAUAUCCAGAGGGAGCUUGAGAAGCACCUGCAGGAUGGCCACCGGGUGUGUUUGGAUGUCACAUCUCCAGGACAUCCUUUUGUAGACUUCAAGUCUAAAGAACUGCAAAAACUGUCGGAUGCCAUGACGGUACUGUCACCUGUGGAGAGGGUCAGUCAUGUCAGAUCACCUGGAGGUGCUUCUCCUGGUGCUCAGGGUAAAAGACUCAGUACAGUCAGUACUGUGUCAGCAUCUUCUUGUGACACAUUUGUUACAUGUGAAGAUGACACAGAAUUCACCCUUGUCACACCCUUAGAUCCUACUGUCAGUGUGGAUACUCAGUCAUUCUCAAGUGGAACGUCCAAGGACAGCGUUGUGCUGAAUGUGAAGGCAGUAGUGACUGAUGAAAACAAGAGUGGUCCCAAUGACAAUUAUGGAAGUUUUGGAAUUAGUUGUAGUGUUUGUGAUGAUAAAGACAGAUCCCAGUACAAAGUUGUCCUGACAGAGGAGUCCAAGAAGAGAGAGAGCAGCCCAACUACACUUCGACUUACUAGUCCGGUGAAACAUAACCGUCAUCCAUCUCAUCCUCUACUAGAUGAUGAACUGGACCUCACUACUGAAGUCAGACAGGGAAAUGGCUGUAAAACUGCAGGUCCUGACAAAUCCCCAUGCAGAAUGGCAUCACAGAAUAACAAAGCCAUGGUACAAACUGAUAGCAGAACCUUUAGUCCUAGCAAACACCAUUGGCAGCACCCAGUUCCUGAUAAAGUUCUUGAUGUCAGUGAUCUCAUUACAUCACAUGAUAGCUUCACUCAAAGGAUAGAGAAGAAAACUAAUAAAGCCGACAAUAUUAGUGGUAAUGUAACUCCCAGACAUUCUGGUAAGAAGGAUCUGGCAGGCUGUUAUUCAAAAUGGCUUCCACCAUCAGACAUGAACCUACUGGAUGAAACAGAUCUGAUUUCAUCAGAUGAAAGUUUUCAAAUCCGUGAAAGGGAAAAGAAAGCCAAGGACAGUGACAGGAUCACAUCCCUAGUGGAAAAACUGAAAAAAGUUUCUGUGAACACAGGAAUGCGAACCUCUCCAUUGAAAUCAGGAAAGAGGUCUCCAGUGAAGCCUGGAAACAAACGUGUGUCCAUGGACAGCUUCUGCAGCAAUGCUUCUGUCAGGGAGUACCUUUACAAGGACAAGGAGAAGGGGAUAACACUGUUAGAGCGGUAUGUUCCUUCAGAGUGUGAGGAGAGCAGCACCAGAGAAUCCCUGGACAGCACCUGCAGCAUCUUCACCAUUAACUCCGAGGACACCGAGAUCUAUGACUGGCAGGACUAUCAGUCUGACACAGAUGAUGGCAGGAAGGUGACUGGCCAGAAGAUCAACCAACCCAAGAAGGAUGGGGAACCAAAGAAGCCUCCUAUCCCACAGCAUCUGAGUCAGCUCUCUAACCAGGCUAUACGCAAGAAACUGCUGAGUCUUGGUGAUGAUCCUGGUCCAGUGAUGGCAACAACACGGCAGACCUACCUGGUCCGACUUGCAAGCUUGGAAGCUGAUCCUACCAGAGCUCACAUGAUGAAGCUGACAGUUGAUGGGCCAGAGUACUCCCCGGAACUUCGAGCAGCUCUACAGAACAAUCUUGACUGUGAAGGGGUAGAUGACCUGGAGGACAAGUUGGUUGCCUCCUUCCAGAACACUCAAGGUCGUAUAUGGCGGGAAGGGACUCUAAAGUCCUCAUUUAACUACCUGUUGCUUGACCCAAGAGUGACCAAGAACCUGCCAUAUAGGGCCAAAACACUUGGUGAAGGUGAAACAUUCAAGGCCUUCAUCCAUGCCAUCUUCUAUGUUGGGAAAGGCAAGAGAGCACGGCCAUACUGCCACCUGUAUGAAGCAAUCUCUCACAUGCAGAAACCCAAACCAAAGGUGAGCACCAAGGUGCAGCACAUUAUUGAUAUCUGGAAUGAGGGUCUUGGAGUUGUCUCCCUUCACUGCUUCCAAAGUGUGAUUCCGGUAGAGGCAUACACCCGUGAAGCCUGCAUGGUGGAGGCUAUAGGGUUGACCAAACUGACCAACAUGAAGCGAGGGGACUAUUACGGUGUAGCCUCAACUUGGCCACUGAAGACAAAGAGAAAGAUGGGGGUCCAUCUACUGAAGAAAGCUCUACAGAUAUUCCUGAGUGAAGGAGAAAGGCAGAUAUGUCCAGUGGACAUAAAGGGGGGACAGUGACAAUGACUUCGCUUUUGUCAACUGAAUUUCAUCACACCAGAGGUACUAACGGUCAUGGAGCCUCGGGAUUCAUACCUGCUCAAGAUUAAGUGAUUGCACAGAGCGAACAGUAUUGGAGCAAUGACAAUCAAGUAACUGUCUGUUUUGGCCAUGUCUGAUAUUUGUUGCUCAUCAUAUCAACCAUCAGUUUGCCUGUCGUCUAACACACCACAGUUGUUGGUGCCCAUAUGGCAUGGUAAUAUCCCACGAUAUUUACCUUAUUUCCAAGGUUCACCUUGAUCAUAAUUCUUGGUUAUUCAGCACCAUGCUUUAGCAAAGAGAUAAACGUCCAAGACCUGCAUUCUUUCCUACAUUAGGACUGCAUGCUACGAUGUGAGUGAAAGCCAACUCACUCUCCUGAUGAACCUCUACAGUCCUGCACACCCAGUAACUCAUGGGUUUAUCAUGUUUAUAUCAUGUAUAUAUGUAACUCAUACCAACUAUCCCAGACGAUUUAAAAGGGCUUUGUUUUAACUUUCAGUGCUUAAUGACCUUUGUUGUAGAUGUGUCCUAAACUUAUGAGGAACAUUGUACCAUCAAAACUUAAUGACUAUGAUUUUUGCAAGUCUAUGCCUGUGUAUAAGAUUAGUCCUUCAUAGAUCUCCCAACUCCCUUGUGAACGGUGUCUGUAAGCUGAAUCACAAGCCAAUCCUAUUGUCAUUAUGGUCACUUUGAUUACUCGUGACUUUUCAGACAGUUCAACAUAAAGUGAGUGAGUGAGUGAGUGAGUUUAGUUUACGCCGCACUCAGCAAUAUUCCAGCUAUAUGGCAGCGGUCUGUAAAUAAUCGAGUCUGGACCAGACAAUCCAGUGAUCAACAGCAUGAGCAUCGAUCUGCGCAAUUGGGAACCGAUGACAUUCAACAUAAAGACAUCCGGUGAUAACUUAUCUUACUUGUCUAUAUGUUAUCAGUUGAUUUUCUAAUUUAUGAUAGACAAUGGCCAAAUAAGUUUGCAUUCUGUUUUCUUUGGUAUGUUGUAACUAGGAUGUAUGUUGUUAAUAUGUGAAAAACAUAUUAUAACAGAAAAUAUUGAUGAUGUUUAGUGCUGGUACCUUGGACAGCAUUGUGUCCAACUUGUUGAAUGUACGGUUUGCUUCAUGUUAAUGUAUCAAGGAGUUAUUUGAUAUCUGAAAUGAUGACAUACAUGAAGUGUAAUGUAUGGAAGGUAGACUCUUGUGUUAUGUAUGCUUCAUGUUGAAAUGUCUAUUUCCAUAGUGUUUGACAUGACAGUCCCAAACUUUGUUUCAAUGUGUUACAGGCUGGAACUUGUUUCCAUGCUUAGUACAAGCACAGGUCUGUGUGAUUUCAGUGAGCUACAGCUGUGAGGGUUACAAUGAAGGCAAUAGCCUCAGCUGACUGUAACAUAAACAUCAUAGAGCAGCAACUGUCUUAAUUACAGAUUAUUUACUUAUUCUAAGUUAGCCUUUUCAAAGUCUGAAUUUAAUACUUUAAAAUAUCAAUACUUAAACAUUUUUUAUAAAAACGCAAAUAUUGAGACAUAAAAAUCUCUUUCUUAAGUAUUAUUUUAUUGUAACAUAAGGGAACACUGCAUGUGAAACAAGAAACUGAAUUGUUAGUUAUUAAUAUAGUAGGCAUCUUAAGAAACAAAUCUUUGAAUGAGGUGUAAACAUACCUCUACUGUUUUAUGGCUCCUUCAAAUGAAUGAGGGAGUAUUUGGAAGUUAGCAAAUGGCUGUAUGAAGCAUACGUUUGAGUGUUAUUACAGGAUAUGGGUGAGAUAGAAGGUAGUUGAGAUAGUGAACCCUCUCUGUAUUUAGGGGCCAUUCAUAAUUUAUGGCUAGGGGGGUGAUGUUGAUUUUGACAGGCAGUGAUUGGGAGGUGUCACUUACUUUGUACCAUACAUACAUUUUAGGGGUGGGGAGUCAUUCACAUUUUUCAUGCUUCUCCAUAAAAUCAUCAUCAAUGGGUUCAUGGUAUUUACGAUACCAGAUUCAACAUAAAUACAUUGAGAAAUAAGUAUUUGUUCUUUCUAAUGGAAAUCCAAAGAGAUUCUUUAAGGUAGACUAGACUAGACUUUGCAAAAAUGAUCUGAUAGCAUUACUUUUCAGAAAUAGAGACAUGAAAAACUGUAUAUUACUGUUUCAUGAUAAGGAGGCAAGUCACAUAUUUACUUUUAUGUUUCAGAUGAUUAAUGUUUUCAGCAUGAUCAGCAUUUUGUUUUGUUUGUUUUAUUGUUGUUAUUUUUGUUAAUGCAUUGUUUAUAAAGUUUGUUUAAUGGCAUCUGUCUAAACAGAAAAUACGUCCACAAACCACAUAAUAACAUGCACACUGCAUGUCACUAAUUCAGUACUCAAUGUUUAAUAUGCAUCUUUUGACAGUGUUGACAGAUGAUGAGCUGUGAUUUAAAUAGUAACACUGAUUUUAACAUACACUCUUUGAAAACAGAAUGUACUAUUUUUCCCUUUCAUAUCCAUGUAGUCGUUAUCAGGUAAUAAUCCUGCCACAAUGAAUAUGGUGCAUGUCAUAUCCUUGUACUCAGGUCAAAGUUUAACCUUGCAGUCAUCCAAUCAUUCACAGUGGUUCACCUGUGAAACUUUUAAAACAAAUUAUGACAAAACAAUGAACUAAAGAAUAUUAUGGUUAGACUCUAUAAUUUUAUAGAUUCCUGAAAUGCUUGAAACACGUUUUUUAUUAGGUGCUUACAAAACAGUAAUAACAGCAACAAUAAUAAUAUAAGUAACAUAUAAUGAGUAUGAUGCUGUAAUGAAUUUGUCCUAAAUGUUUACAUAAUUAUGUCAAUCAUCAUCCACAUCUAUACAUAUAUUUUUUAACAGACCUAUAUACGGAAGAAUUUGCACACAUCAUUUCAUUUAAAAUUUUAUUUGGAUUGCUCCUGUUGGUGUGUGCUGUAUAUUGCUCAAUGCUAUAUUCAUAUUUUGGUAAUAAAUAUUUUGAAGAAUCAA